AUGCAAGCUCCUACUUUACCUAUACCGGGUGAUAAUACUACUCAUCAACAUCAACAAUCACCACAACAAUAUUAUACAGGACAAUUACAGAAAAAAACUCCUCCUCAAGGCUCAAUAGAAUGGUAUUUUGAUCAAGGUUGUAAUUGGAUGAGUAACCAUCCUUAUUUAACUGGUUUAGGUGGGUUUACAAUAGCUUAUUUUGUAGCUGGUAUAUUUAAAAAAAAUCAACCUGGUUUAAAUGGUAAAGCUUUUAUCAAAGGUGGUUUUGGUCAAAAAAUGACAGCAAAAGAAGCUUUACAAAUUUUAAAUUUAAAAGAAAGUAACUUAUCAAAAUUAAAAUUAAAAGAACAACAUAGAAAAUUAAUGAUGGCUAAUCAUCCUGAUAAAGGUGGUUCAUCAUUUUUAGCUACAAAAGUAAAUGAAGCAAAAGAUUUUUUAGAAAAAAGAGGUGGUUUAAAAGCAAAAUAG